AUGACGGGGGAGACGAGGACGGAGGUGGUGAUCGUGGGCGGGGGCCCCGCCGGGCUUGCCACGUCGGCGUGCCUCAACGUGCUGUCGGUCCCCAACGUGGUCCUGGAGCGCGAGGCCUGCACCGCCUCGCUGUGGAAGCUGCGGGCCUACGACCGCCUCAAGCUCCACCUGGCCAAGCGCUUCUGCGAGCUCCCGCACAUGCCCUUCCCUGCGGGCACCCCCACCUUCGUCCCGCGCAAGCAGUUCCUGGACUACCUCACCGAAUACGAGCGCCGCUUCGCCCUCGCCCCCGUCUGCUCCACCCUCGUCGAGCGCGCCGCCUACUCCGACUCCGCCGCCGAGUGGCGCGUCACCGCCCGCGACGUCAUCACCGGGGAGCUCAGGCUCUACCGGAGCCGGUUCCUGGUGGUGGCCACCGGGGAGAACAGCCAGGGGUUCAUCCCCAGCGUUCCCGGGCUGAAGAGCUUCCCGGGGGACGUCCUGCACUCGACCUCGUUCAAGUCCGGCAGAGACUACGCCGGGAAGAGAGUGCUGGUGGUCGGAAGCGGGAACUCCGGCAUGGAGAUCGCCUACGACCUGUGCAACCACGGCGCCGAGACUUCCAUCGUCAUCCGCGCCCCAGUUCAUCUGUUUAACAAGGAGCUGAUAUAUCUGGGCAUGACCUUGCUCAAGUACCUCCCCGUCGCCGUGGUGGACGCCGUGGUGCUGCUCAUCGCCACGUUUAAGUACGGCGACAUGUCGAAGCACGGCAUUGUGAGGCCCGCCAAGGGGCCCUUCAGGAACAAGAUCGACACCGGCAGGUCCGCCAUCAUCGACGUCGGAACCGUCGGCAAGAUCAAGUCAGGAGAGAUUAAGGUGGUCAAGGGAGAGAUCAAAAGCAUCAAGGGCAACGAGCUCGAGUUCACAAAUGGUGAAACCAAAUAUUAUGAUCAUAUCGUCUUCGCCACGGGGUUUCGAAGCACGGCUAAGAAUUGGCUCAGGGAUGAUGAUAGUUUGAUGGAUGCGAAUGGAAUGCCUAACGAGAAGGCGCCGAACCAUUGGAAGGCAAAGAAGGGACUCUACUGCGCCGGCUUCGCCCAAUCAGGCUUGGCAGGAGUGGCCAUGGAUGCUCAGAACGUCGCCAACGAUAUCAAGAAACAUUAUGCAUAA